AUGUAUGUUGAGAAGCUCGUCCCGGCUGUUGAUGGCAUCGCUAUGGAACGGACGCCCAGUGCACUUAUCCAUGGCCCCUCCACGUAUGUAGCCGAGAUUAUUGAGCAGCGCUUCACGGCCACCAUUAACGCCACUCUCUGUGCCCAGGCCCAGAAUCGCACACAGUGGCCUGGCGGUGAGAAGAGCAGCGACCCAGUCUUCGACGCCUUCUAUGGCUCCAACGUACAGUUCAUGGAGAAGAACACCGCCCAGAUCCAGGCUGUCAUUGAAUAA